AUGUGUUUUCAAUUAGGCGCCGAGUGGGAAAGAACAACUCAACUGAGAACACACACACAAAAGAAAGGACUUCAGUGACACAACAUUUACAGCUUCAUACGUAUAUAUUUUUUGUUCAUAAACCAAAGUGGGAGAAGAAGUUUUUUUAAAGUUUCACCUGCUUUGAGGUGAGAUUGUUGCCUUAUAUCUCUGAGCAGUGGGAUUCAACUUUUGCCACAAUGUGCCACUUUUAAAAGAUUUGGUCAUUUUUGGUGUGUUUGUGUGUAAGAGAGAGGGAGAGAGAGUGUGUGUGACGUCAAGUGCAGACAAAGGUGUGUGUGUGCAUGUGUUUGUGUGUGUGUGUGAGAGAGAGAGAGAGAGAGGGGGAGGGAAGGAGGGAGAGAGUGGGAGAGAGAGGCUGGUGGAGCAGUCGCGCCAGCGCACAGAGCCACGGAGACUCAUCGCAGCAUCAGGGCGUCUUCAUCCGGGGGGAAAAAAUCAAAUAGAGCAACUUUGCAAAAAACACCCUAACCAAAAAAACCAGCAGCUCUCGCAAACUGGUGGGAAACAGUCGGAGGAGGAUAGCGCUUCGCUGCACGGACAUACAAUGAAAGGGUUACCUGGCUGCUUUCUGGAUUUGGAGUCUUGUAGUAAACCGCUGCGUCUUUGACACGAGAGCCGCGCAGGCACCGUCUCUGUUGGAGCGAACCUCAGGCUCCACGGAUCAAAACUUGAGAAAACAAAGCACCCCCCUACUGCUCUCACUGGAAUACACCAUAAAGUCUCCCCGCCGCCAUGGAGGAGGAACAGUGCUACUACAACGAGACCAUCGCCUUCUUCUACAACCGCAGUGGGAAGAACCUGACGACCGAAUGGAACACGGUCAGCCGGCUGGUGAUGGGCCUGGGCAUCACCGUGUGCAUCUUCAUCAUGCUCGCCAACCUCCUGGUGAUGGUCGCCAUCUACGUCAACAGGAGGUUCCACUUCCCCAUCUACUACCUGAUGGCCAACCUGGCAGCUGCUGACUUCUUCGCCGGACUGGCCUACUUCUACUUGAUGUUCAACACGGGGCCGAACACCAGGCGGCUGACCGUCUCCACGUGGCUGCUUCGCCAGGGCCUGAUCGACACCAGCCUGACGGCGUCCGUGGCCAACCUGCUCGCCAUCGCCAUCGAGCGCCACAUCACCGUGUUCCGCAUGCAGCUGCACACGCGCAUGAGCAACCGGCGUGUUGUGGUGGUGAUUGUUAUAAUCUGGACCAUGUCCAUAGUCAUGGGCGCCAUCCCGAGUGUCGGCUGGAACUGUAUCUGUAGUCUGACCACUUGCUCCAACAUGGCGCCGCUGUACAGCAACUCCUACCUGAUCUUCUGGGCGGUGUUUAACCUGGUGACCUUUGUUGUGAUGGUGACGCUGUACGCACACAUCUUUGUGUACGUGCGGCAGAGGACCAUGAGGAUGUCGCGGCACAGCUCGGGACCCCGACGCAACCGGGACACCAUGAUGUCGCUGUUGAAGACCGUGGCCAUUGUGUUGGGUGCCUUCAUCAUCUGCUGGACCCCCGGCCUCGUCAUCCUCCUCCUCGACGUCUUCUGCGCCAACUGCAACGUCCUCACCUACGAGAAGUUCUUCCUCCUCCUCGCCGAGUUCAACUCCGCCAUGAACCCCAUCAUCUACUCCUACCGCGACAAGGAGAUGAGCGCCACCUUCAGGCAGAUCCUGUGCUGCCAGCGGCAGGAGAACGUCAACGGCACGGUGGCGGAAGGGUCGGACCGCUCGGCCUCGUCCGUGAACCACACGGUGCUCAGCGGCAGCGGUGCGCACCACCAGCACCCCAAGCACCCCCAGCACCCCCACCAUCACCACAACGAACACUCAGUAGUGUAAAGGAGGGCUGGACAUCCUGGAGGUUAAUCCCACUGAUUGAAGGGUUAAUCUCUCGUGGAAACUGGGAAAUGGAGGAAUGCAAAGGUCAAGAGGGACUGGGAUCAUAUUAAAGAAAGACUGUAACGUAAGACAUGUGAGGAUGAAGGAGUGGAUUUGAUGAUGAUAAGCUGAAAGAGAUCUUAAUGAAGAAGAACGGCAACUAUGAAGAAAGAGACUCUCUGUGUGGGGGACCGACACAGGACUGGUCUGAUCUCCACAGACUCUGAUAGACUGUUAGCAUUUGUUUUGUUUAGCUGUUUAUUAUUUUCUGUCAGUGUCAAGUGUCUCGGCUGAUAUGAACUAUUUAAAAGUAAUCUGUGAAAUGAAGGUAUUUGCCAGUAGAACCCAAUCCUCUUUCUCCGGUCUUCUCUAACUCCACUCCCCCUGCUCAUGGGCUUGGGUCACAUCAUUUUCAGGACAGAUUCAUGGUAGCUGCAACGUUAUGGGUCAGAACCACAGAUUGUAAAGAAAGAUGGACGACAGGCCUCCAUUUCAACCUCCCAUCGUAUAAUAUUGAAGCUUAAAUCCCCCGGAUUGCGUUUUGGACGUCAUGUGGAGCCGGAGUCUUUGCACUAGUGAUCGUAGCGUUGAGCCACAGUAUUGAGGUCCUGCCCAUACAAGCACUUGGCCAAUCACAAGGCAGUCUGGGCUGCCAAUCACAAGGCUUCACCCUCACUGUCAAAUAACUAAUUAAAACCAAACUUGUCCCACCCGCUAACAUGGAGGAGGUGUGGUUAACGAACUAGCCACCAGGCAUCAAGAUGAUUUGGGAAUCUGUUGCUUCGUCCAUCUUUAUAUAAAGUUUACAGAUAGAAACAAUAUUUAGGACACUAUCAUUUCUUUAUCGUCUAUUUUCAGGAGAAAGAACUUCAAAUCUCCAACAGCGUUCACUUCCCAACGACCUUCUGGAGACUGUCCAGCAGUUUUCAAUUUCAAGGUUUUUAUUUAAAAACACCAAAGUGGCAAAUUAAAGAAACCAAGUGUUCUACCAUUCUAAAUAUUGACAGUUUGAUGACAGGAAUACUGCAGCACUGCCCAGGACUGAAGUAUCAAGAGCCACUCUUCUUUUCCACGAUGGAUUAAUCUCUCAUUUUUUAAAUGACUAGUGACUUAAUACUAAAGGGACUCAUUAUUCUUUUGGCCGUCCAUAUCCACUAAACAUCUUUUGUGAAUCCGUCGCAUCAGUUCCGAAAGCAAAAAUCUCUGAGGGGGUCCAAGAGCUGAGAGAAGCCCUGAGAUGUUUAUUCUCUGUGAGGAAUGGAAGACGAGCUGUUCCAGGGAUGUUACCAGAAAGAGGAGGAGGAGGAGGAGGAGGAGGAGGAUGUUUGCAGUGUUUCGGAUCAGGCUGCGUGCCACAGUAUUAUGUGGAGAGGAGGUGAAGGUCAUAUCUGCUGAGUGUUAACAGACUCCAGAGUGUGACAGGAAAUGUGCUGAGCUGGUUCUAUCAAGUGUCUCCGAGUCCAUGAGGCUGACAGAGUCCAACAAUUAAACUGGUCAGAGGGAAAUUUCCCCUGAGGACAAUCUGAAGAAGAAAGUUAGUCUUAAAUGAUUCAACUAAUUUCUUUCAGAGGUCUGAAAAAAUAGAGCCGAUGAAUUCAUUUCCUGCCUGAAACAUUAAAAACUCCACUUCUCAGCUGAUUUAAACACUUUUCAAUCGCCGAUCUGCUCGCGCUUCAUCCACACAAACAUGUUUUAGUUUAACGCCUUUUCAAAACCAAAACAAUCUCCGUCCAGAUGAGUGUUUUAACUCUGUCUCAAAAGUAGUCUCCUUUACACACUAACGCACAUAAAGACUCACACAUCACGUGACCUUCCAUUCACACUGGCAUGGGCGUGGCGGAGUAAACAGGAAGUAGAUCUUCUAAGAAUGAGAAACAGUGAUAGUGAAAAGUACGCCAAAUGACGAGGAACUGUCUAAUUAAUUAAUUAAAUACAAUUUGUAUCAUUCGAAAUCCGUUAUCAUCUUUUAAGGUAGACUAUGCCCAAUUCUUUGUCUUACAGGCGCAGGUGAGCUACAGAAGCACAGUCUAAUACGAUUGUGUGUCGCAUCCCAACAGCUCCAGAGUUGAACCAGUUCUGUGCUAAACAGGCAUUAUCUUUAAUUUCCCCCCCGCCUCCUGCCAUUAACGUGUGAACCCUGUGCCAGCUGCAAGUUGUGUAGUCGAGGUGUGAGUCCAUGGCGUGCGUCGUUAGGAGAUCGCCAGCUGAAUGUUUUGUCGUGACUUGAAUGAAAACACUUCUUUUGGCCCCAGAAUACACGGACGAUGCUCGCGGCAGCUGACGGCCAAAAGUACAGUCCAAUGUUUUUCCAGGAAGCAAGAUGUUUGUCAGGGAUUUAACAUGAAGUCAUCUGCCGCUCCUAAACUGCCACGGUUGUGUAAACAGAAAUUCCAAGGCAACAAUCGUCAAUUAAAAAAAGUGUGUUUUUUUGUUUUGUUGUAAUCUUUGCGUUUGUCCGCCUCGUUCGAGUUUCAUCGCCCAAACUUUGUCGGUGGACGACUCGAGUCUCAGUAUUUGACAUUAACUGUCACCGUUGUUCUAACCAAGUAUUGAUUCAGGUUCUAUAGCAAAACCAACUAAACGUUCCGUCUCUGUAUGUCUUUGUUUACCAGUGAAUCACUCUUUGUAUACCGUUGUAAGUAUGUGUACAGUAUGUGUGUGUGUAUAUAAAAUAUCGUAUUCAAAGUUAAUCACCAAAGGGAAAGUGUUACUGCGUGUGUGUAAAUUUAACUGUCGUACUCUGUCCAAAUGUACUGUAGGAUUUUGUGUGUUUUUUUUUUUUUAUGUCAUGAGCUCUUUGUAUUAUGAAACCUAAUUAAUGAAUUUCUUGUUAUUAACUUGUUUGUGACCCAGAACUUUAUAUAUACAUGUGUGUGUGUGCAGUGCCUUCAGAAGAGUAACUUAUAAACAGCAGGCUGAACAGUUUGUGUUUUGCUGCCCCCUCUGGUUGAACGCUCCACCUCUGACCACACCCAGCUGUGAUGUCACGGAGGUGGGGAGUUACACCACCAGAGGGCAGCAGAUACCGAAGUUUUCAGGCAGUCUUGAGCUACUCUUUAAGUUUUUGUGUCGCUAACACCGUUGUCUUACAUUUGCCUUGAAGUAGAACAAAGUAAUCAGUCAGCUUUUGUACAAAGUGUUCACCGGAAACGCAUGAUUUUGUUUUAGAUAAUAAAGGUACACAACAUAGCCUCAAAAAUGUCCAAUAACCACAGGAUAUAUAUAUCAUGGGCCAGAUAUGACACAAAUCAAAACACCAAAAGUUUCAAACGUUAAAAAAAACACAAUCCGACAGAGAAGUCUUCACCAAUUUGGGAUCAUCUGCACAAAAGUUUAUUCUCACUCAAUAAACACAACGUUACAGGACACAACUGGUAUU